CCCAUUCCCCAGUUGAGUCCGUACACAGCAGCAACGAGGACAUGGACCCUCUGAUGUCUCAUUCCAUCGGAGAGAGCUGUUUGCCAGGUGCUUCACCUUCAGAUCGGUUAAAGAUUGGCUUCUUUAAAACAGACCGUGCUACUCAAACUGAUGUCAGUGAGAUAUUGGAACUGAAAGAACUGAGUACUGCAGUUGAGACUCUGGUGAAGGAAAUUACGAUACUUAGGAAUAGAGUAGAAUCUAAUAUACUGAUAUUAGAGGCAGACUACCAAAUGAAACUUGAAGAACAAUGCACACAUCUUUAUCAAAGAAUGAAUGACCACAAUUCUUAUCUUAAGAAUAAGUAUCUGCAGAGAACUGAAGUCCUUCGCAAUAGUUUUAGACAGCAGCUUGCUAAUGCAAUAGCAAAGAUCAAUGCUGAAUGCACAAAAUAUUGUACAGAACUGAAUAAAAAGAAUAAGACAACUCAUGAAGACAGCAUCACAACCUUAAGUGCUCUCAAACAAAAAGAUUUACUUAUUUCAUCAUUAAAAGGAAGAUUAGAAGAGUAUGAGAAUUCAAGACAAACUGAUAUGAUCAAUUUUAACUUGAAGAACGAAUCUGAGAAGGAACAGCUUAUUGAAGAAAAUCAAGGACUGAAGGAACAAAUUAGCUCAUUGGUGCAGGAUGCCGAAAAUAUGUCAAAAACAAUUAUUUUGAAUGAAAUGCAAAUAGAUAAAUUAGAUAGUGAACUUGUAGUUCUAAAAGAGCAAAGUGCAAACACUGAAUGGGAAAUGCAAAAGUUACUUCAGUCUGAAGAAUAUUUGAAAAAAGCAUUGGAAAAUGAAAAACAAAAAGGGAAACAAAUGUUGGAACUACAGAAGUUACAAAUGGAAAAGGCGUUACAGGUUACAUUGCUGAAGAUGGAAGAAAGUGAACGAGCUUCCAGAGAGCUGUCUGAAUCCUUAAAAGAAAAGGAAACUCAAUUAAUUCAUCAGAUGGAAACCUCAUCUCUGCUGAAGCAAGUAUCUAUAGUUGAGAAGGAAACUAAGCCCGUGAAUAGUGAUGAAAUCAUUGAAGAGCUAAAAAGUCUCAGGAAGAGAGACAAAGAGCAAAGAAAAACUAUAGAAGAUCUUAAUAAACAGCGAGAUCGAUCAAAUCGAAUUUGGGAAAAGAAGUUUGCAAUACUGAAGCAAAGCUAUCAUGCAAUAAAGGAUGAGAUGUAUCUGAGAUGUUCUUUGCAACGGCAAGCACCAUCGCUGCACUGUGCUUUUACACAUAAUGUAAUUGGAGAAUCUCCUUGGAUUGAUUCUCAAGCAAAAAAUAAUUUUUCUUCAUAUUUCCCAUUGCCUCAGAUAGGGUCCCAAUCAACACCACAAACAGCUCAAAGGGAGCAUAAAAUGGACAGAGCUCCAAGUGCACCAGGAGCUGUUAAUUUAAGAUCACCUGAUAAUUUAUGUUAAUGAAAACAGGAUUGCAAGAAGCCCAAAUCUCACAUUAGCUGCCAGAUUUAUAGCAACGGAUUAGCAGUUUGUCAUAUUAUCACGCGGACUGUUUUAAUACAUUGGUUAGAUAUAUAACAACAGAUAUAUGCGCUCGCAGUGCCCUUUGUAAACCCCGAAAUUUUAUGGUAGGUUAAUGUCGUUCAAAAACCCAUGCAGUCUGACGUUCC